CGGCUUGACGAAGACACAGGUACGCAAACUUGGACAUUCCAAUGGAAGACGAGAAGCCGCCCCCGUAUGUUCAGUAUCAUCCCAGUGAUGCUUCCGUCUCGUUGGUCCAAAGGGGGUCAGAGCCGUUACAGACUGCACUGAACGAACCACAGAAGUAUAGGUGCACUGCGAUAGGUCUGUUGAAAGUUGCUGUUACGGUUUUCCUGUUCACAACUGUGGCUGCCUUGGCGUUAUUCAUUCUCCAACGAAGUGAGUUAAUCCCGAGUGCAGAGUACCUCAAGAAUACUGCACUACCUGAAGUCACCAAUAUGACCUUAUUGGCUGCUGAUGACCACUACAUCACCGUGGCUUGGAUUGAACCUCCACGGAGCGUUGACUUCUACUUGCUCAACGUCACCGCUGAGAGUGGUUACGAAAAUGACAGUCUUCGGAUACAACGCACGGGAACCUGUAGCAAUGGCACCUUCAUCCGCGCUGGACAGAGUCAAGUCACAUGCGGCCCUUUUCAAGCCUGCUCGAACCUUACUGUGACUAUUCGCACGUACACUACAGGACCACCACAGCGCACCUCAAUGGGAACCACCUUAAAUGAAGUCUUCGUCAGUGCUAAAGAUCCAAGUGAACCCAAGAGAAUCGCCAUGGUCUCCCAGUCACCAUACAUGACCAGGCUGCUAUGGGAGCCACCAACCCAGAUACAUGGGCUUGUGCACGGUUACAAAGUUAAAGUGUGCGAGAUGUAUACAGAAUGUGGCCAAAAGCAGAACUUGAGUGACUGCGUUGAGAACGAGACUUCGGACACUUGGCUGGACUUCAACAGCACCGAAGACACCUCGUACUGCGUCCUGAUUACGGCUACUGCACGGUGUGGUGGUGAAGUCCUCACGAGCCUUCCAGCGACGCAAGAAGUUAGAACGCCUCUUUUCGCCCUCCCUGACGUGUCCAACCUGAAAGCAGUCGGAGUUAUUAGUGGCCAUAUUACCUUAUCUUGGGAGCGUCCGAAAGGUCGCUUCGACUACUAUUCGGUUGAAGUCACUCAAGGUAAGGUUGGCAGCACAGGGAGUGCGAAACACAGGCUUAAUUUGUGCGCCAACGGCACCAUCAUCCGUCAAGAUCAGACGCAAAUAGCGUGUGGUCCAUUGGAGCCUUGCAGUAACUUGUCCUGUACCAUGCGCACCCACUUCACCGGACCACCAGAACGCAGUUCUCCUGGAGUAACAAUAAUGGGCAUCUUCAUCCCUGCCGAAGAGCCGAAUCCACCAACGAACAUUACGAUGUCACCAGAAUCGCCUUCACGGACUCGAAUACACUGGGACCACCCGGAGAAGUGGUCCGGCAUUAUGGCAUCGUACAAUGUGAAGAUAUGCAGCACAUUCAGAUCAUGUGAUCGAGCAGAAAGCUUGAGUGAUUGUACGGAAUACGUGACCUCCGAGACGUGGACCCUGUUUGACAGCACACAGGACACCCUGUACUGCGUAUUGGUUACUGUAAAAACACAAUGCGGCGUUGACGAAGUAAGCAGCCGCCCUCUUAUAGCGGAAAUACGGACGCCGCUCUUUGGCCUACCUGAUGCAACCGACCUGAAGUUGCUCUCCGCCUUGGAAAACGCUGUAACUGUGGCCUGGGAAAGGCCGCAGGCUCGCUUCGAUUACUAUUGGCUCUCCAUUGCGGGCGACGAAGGUGAGGGACGCGGCAGUGCUGAAAAGGAACGCAUUGGAUCGUGCGGCAAUGGCACGAUCAUUCACCCAAAUCAGACACGGGUCACAUGCUCAAACCUCGAGGCUUGCACCAAAGUAAGCAUUACCUUACGCGUGCACAGAAACGGACCACCGGCGAUUACAUCCCCCGGAGUUAGCCUCCGUGGGAUCUUUAUCCCGGGAGAAGACCCAGAUCCUCCAAAGAAUAUAACCAUGCUCGGAAAAUCACCGUCACUUACACGGCUGCAGUGGGAAGAAUCGGCAAAAGUUUAUGGAAGAUUUCUUGCAUACAUGGUAAAAAUAUGCGAGUUGUUCAAAUAUUGUGGUGAAGAAGCCAGUGUUCACGGCUGUAUCGAACUUCAAGCACAUGAGACUUGGCUUGACUUCCACAGCAACGCUGACACAAAGUACUGCGUCUUGGUCACAACAAGCUCACAAUGCGGCGAGGAAGUUCUGAGUGGUCGUCCAGCGGUCGCUGAAAUCCGGACACCUUUGUAUGUUCUACCCGACGUCACCGAUCUCCGCUUGAUGGCUGUUGAUAGUCACUAUAUCACCGUCGCCUGGGACAAACCUCGGGGCAGUUUUGAUUACUAUUGGCUCGAUGUCGCCAUUGAAAAUGAUAAUGAAAACAAUAGUGUUCCGAAACAUCAAGCCAGUUCCUGUGGCAACGGCACCAUCAUCCAUGCUGAGCAGACUGAAGUCACCUGUGGCCCUUUCGAUCCCUGCUCCAAUAUUAGUGUCAGUGUUCGCACGUUCGUGAAAGGACCACCGGAACGUAGCUCUAUGGGAAGCACCUUGAAAGGUGUUUUCCUCAGUGGUCAAGAUCCAAGUGAACCCAAGAGCAUUACUAUCGUCGCUAAAUCGCCGUCCUUGACAAGAAUCCAAUGGGAGUCACCAACGACUGUACAUGGCACUCUAGACUUCUACAAGGUGAAAGUGUGCAAGGUGUUCUCAGCGUGCGACCGAAAAGAAAGCACUGAUGGAUGCAUUGAGCACAGUGCUUCUGAGGCUUGGCUGGAGUUUCAGAGCACCGCGGACACAUCGUACUGCACCCACGUCACAGCCAGCGCACGGUGUGGCCGGGACCUCUUGACGAGUUCACCAGCGACGCUGGAAGUUAGAACGCCUUUGUUCGCACUCCCUGACGUGUCCAAUCUGAAAGCGGUCAACGUCUCAAGUGGCUAUAUUACUUUGUCUUGGGAACGACCGCGAGGUCGCUUCGAGUACUAUUCGAUUGAAGUCACCGAAGGCAAGCUUAGCAAUGCAGUCAAUGCCAAACACAGGCUUGGUUUGUGCGCCAACGGCACCAUCAUCCGUCGCGAUCAGACGGAAAUAACAUGUGGUCCGUUCGAGCCUUGCAGAAACUUGUCCUGCACCAUGCGCACCCAUUUGAUUGGACAACCUGAGCACAGUUCUCCUGGAGUGACACUAAGGGGCAUCUUCAUCCCUGCCGCAGAGCCGAAUCCACCAAUGAACAUUAGGAUGGUCCCACUAUCACCGUGGCGGACUCGAAUACAAUGGGACCACACGGAAAAAGUGUCCGGCAUUGUGGCCUCCUACUAUGUGAAGAUAUGCCGCACAUUCGUAUCAUGCGAUCGAGGAGAAGGCUUGAUUAAUUGUACGGAAUACGUGACCUCCGACAGAUGGGCAGCGUUUCACAGCACAGCGGACACUCCCUAUUGCGUACAGGUUGCUGUAAAAACACAGUGCGGCGAUGAAAAACUAAGCAGCCGGCCACUUAUGGCGGAAAUACGGACGCCGCUCAACGCGCCUCCUGAAAUUAUUCACCUCCGCCUGGUCAGGAAAGGAGAAAACUUCUUCACUGUAGCCUGGACCAGGCCAGAGGGCAGCUUUGACUACUACCGCGUGUUGCUGAAAGAUUUCAAGACUAGAAACCAAACCGUCACUGUGGGCUCAUGCGCGAAUGGCACAAUUGUUCACGAGGACCAGACUGAAAUAACGUGCAAUCAACUUGAGCCACAGAAGCUGUAUCUGAUUGAAUUGCAAACGCACAUCAGUAGACCGUCUGCCCGAAGCUCCAUUGCAGUCAGCAGAGCCAUCGUAACGACCCCCCGAGCUGAAUACGAGGUGUCCAACCUGAAGAUUGUAAACAUCACUGCAACAUCUUUCGCUGUGACCUGGGAACGGCCGAAAGACUGCAUCGAAUAUUACACGGUAGACGUCACUGACUACAGUAGUGGCAACAUUGGCAACAGGCUUUACGGCGUGGUGUCAUGCAACAAUGGCGCGGCUAUCAAUCCGAGGCAGACGAGUGUCAUCUGCACCAAAUCCGACACGUGCACCGCCAUCAGUGUCCGAGUGAAAACACACACCAGGGGUCCUCCGGAGCAUGCUUCACCUGGAAUAACACUGGAGAAUGUCCUGAUUCCUGGAACAGGACUUCCAGAAGCGACCAACCUGAAAUUGGUAGCCGUGAAAAAUGACUCUUUUACCGUCUCAUUGCAAGUGCCCGGGAAAUGCUUUGACCGCUACAUUUAUAAUAUCCGUGAUCCCAGUGAUCGUAGUCGUUCUGUGAAAGCAGAGAAAUGCUUUACAGAGAGAACACUAAAGUUAAACACUUUUCAUAUGACAUGCAUUGGUGUUGAGGCGUGCGGCAAAGUGGACAUCAAAGUGUGGAUACGUAAAGACAAACCACAUAAACGAGACGCACCUGCAGUCGCGCUGCGUGGUAUUUACAUCCGUGGAAAAUGUCAUGGAUAGUAUUUUCUGCCAAAACUUUGAGGCGUCUGAGUCCCCCAGGGUAAUGAAAGCCAAAAGCAGCAAGAAAAACAAAAUACACAAUUUUGCAUGUCUUGUUGCUGUCGCCGUCGUCAUCGCUGUAAACUUACGUGAAACUCAUUUGGCCCAAACGUCCCAGUUGUUUCCAUAUACAUCGAACGACUUUUAAAAGACUAUAUUGACCCAGUUUUGCGAUUGUAAGUGCCAGGUAACGAAAUGCUUCCAGGUAAUCUUUAUGACAUAGUUUGUCAUUGUUGUUACAAUAACCGCUUGUGAUUCUGGCUGUUACUAUAUUACUCUAAAAAACUGCGGGUCAACAAAUACUCGAACACUACAACUUUUCUUGUGCUUUUAAGCUUGUUGAGCCUAUUGAGAUUCCUAAAAUGUCAAUGACUGCCUAAUUCUAAAUUGACGCAAGAUUUUAUUUGCGAUUUGUCACGCUGCUCUUUCAUUAGCAGCCUUUUAAGGUUGUGUGACAUGUGCUGGCCAACUUACUGCUCAUGUCUUGCACGCAAUUUCCGCUUUAGUAAUAUUUUUGGUGCUAGUAUAUUUAGUGUCUCGGUAUCCUACGAGCGACGUGUUGACAAGCUCAAUAGUAUUACAUGCAUUCCUGCAAAUCUGCUCCAGAGGCAAGCGUAUACCUUGCAAAUGCUCAA